CGCAAGAGCCUUUAUUGUGACCCACACUUCUUAAACAAGGGCGGCCACGACUCGCCGCCCUGUGAGCAGAAUCAGGUCAUGUCGCACGCUUAUGCUGAAUGUGAUGCUGCAGUUGAUGCCAGCGAUGCUGGGGAUGGAGAACUGUGAGGCCUUUUCUCCCUUCCUCUUUGCGUUUCAGUCAGGCCGAUCGCUCUCCCACGAAAUGACGCAUCUUCUCUCGCCCAGCGACGCGAUGGAUGUGAUUCAGAAGAUUGGUGCCUUUGCCGACAGCAAGAACAAGAAAAAGUACUCAAAGACACUGCAGACGCUUCGCCGGAACGCAGCAAAACAUGAAGAAUCUGUCAAAGCCGAGUCAGGCAAGCUGAUGAAAGCCUUAAAGGACAAGUAUACUGAGCUCAAAGCGUUUGAUGAUGACGUGAAUGAGACCAUGAUGGGAGAUCUCAAAGACAUCCUUGACUAUUUCGAACGGCUAAGGAAUGAUUUGCGAGCAUACAAGGAGGCUGUGUCAAAAGCUGCGCAAUACACAUCCGAAGCCAGCAGCACCAGCCAUGCUGAGAUAACAGCACUUGUAUCGGAGGGCGAGCGUCAGGUUGCAGUCCUGCAAGCUGGUUUUCAGGCCUCGCAGACUGGCAUAGACAGCGAGUUAGAGUAACAAGCAAAUCAGCAGCUUGCCAUCAUCAACCGUCCUACGAGCCUUUCCAAGCCUUUCUCUCGUCGCUUCUGGACGUGGUUGCGCCUCAAUCUACUGAGCAGGACACGC